AUGGCGGACACCCCUGCGGAUCCCACCGCCAAGCUGGCUGAGUCCACGGCCAAGCUCCAGCUCGAUGAGGAGACGGGUGAGAUGGUCAGCAAGGGCGAGCUGAAGAAGAGAUUGGCCAAGCGCGCGAAGAAGGCUGCCACCGAGAAGGCAAAGGCUGCGAAGGAGGCCGCCGGCGGUGCUGCUGAGAGCAAGCCCAAGGCCGCCCCCAAGCCUAAGGCUGAGGAGGUUGUCCUCGACGCCCAGGCCAUGUUCAAGCAGGGCUUCCUCGAGGAGGUCUACAAGGAGAGGCCAUCUGAGAACGUUGCCAUUGCCGUCAACUUCGGCUUCGCCAAGUACCACGGCGGUGUCUGCUACCUGCGAUACGACGACACGAACCCCGAGAAGGAGGAGGAGAGAUACUUCACUGCGAUAGAGGAGAUGGUCAGGUGGCUGGGAUUCGCUCCCUACAAGAUUACCUACUCGAGCGACAACUUCCAGAAGCUGUACGACCUCGCCGAGAAGCUGAUUACCCUGGAGAAGGCCUACGUGUGCUACUGUGGUGACGCCGAGAUCAAGCUCCAGCGCGGUGGAGAGAAGGGAGCCACCCCCAGAUUCCGAUGCGAACAUGCGAACCACUCCAUCGAGGAGAACCUUCAGAAGUUCAGAGACAUGAAGGACGGAAAGUACAAGCCCAGGGAAGCCUUCCUUCGCAUGAAGCAGGACAUCACCGACGGUAACCCCCAGAUGUGGGAUCUCGCGGCGUACCGCAUCAAGACCGACACACCUCACCACCGAACCGGCUGGGACUGGAAGAUCUACCCCACAUACGACUUCACGCACUGCUUGUGCGAUAGCUUCGAGGGCAUCACCCACUCCCUGUGCACAACAGAGUUCGUCCAGAGCCGUGUAUCUUACGAGUGGCUGAACAAGACUCUUGGCGUCUACGAGCCCAUGCAGCGCGAGUACGGCCGUCUGGGUAUCACCGGCACCGUCCUCUCCAAGAGAAAGAUCCUGAAGCUGGUGGAGGAGAAGAUCGUUCGUGGCUGGGAUGACCCUCGCCUGUACACAUUGAUUGGUAUCAAGAGGAGAGGUGUUCCUCCUGGCGCCAUUCUCGACUUCGUCAACGAGCUGGGCGUCACCACCUCUGUCUCCGUCAUCCAGAUUAAGCGCUUCGAGCAGACUGUCCGCAAGUACCUCGAGCGCACUGUUCCCAGAUUGAUGAUGGUCCUUGACCCCAUCCCGGUUAUCAUUGAGGGCGCUGAGACUCAAGAAGUCGAACUGCCUUUCUCUCCCAAGGACCCCAAGAUGGGUUCCCACACCGUCAAGUUCACGCCUACCGUCUAUAUUGACCGCGCCGAUUUCCGAGAGGUCGACAGCAAGGACUACUUCCGUCUUGCGCCCAAUAAGACUGUCGGUCUUCUCAACGCCCCCUGCCCCAUCAAGGCUACAUCCUACACCAAGGACGAGACCACCGGCAAGGUCACCGAGAUUCGUGCUGUGUUCGACACGGAAACCAAGAAGCCCAAGGCCUUCAUCAACUGGGUCGGCACCGAGGGUUCCAAGAAGGUCGAGGCCCGUAUCCACAACUCCUUGUUCAAGAGCGAGAAGCCCGACGACGCCGAGGGCGGUUUCCUCAACGAUAUCAACCCUGAUAGCGAGGUCAUCUACCCCGACGCCAUCAUUGAGAGCGGCUUUGACGAGGUCAAGCGCCGCGCGCCCUGGCCUGAGGCUGCUGGCGAGAGCGAGCUCGGCAAGGGUGGACCCGAGAGUGUUCGUUUCCAGGCCACCCGUAUUGCCUACUUUGCCGUCGACUCUGACAGCACUGAUGACAAGAUCGUCCUUAACCGUAUUGUGUCGCUGAAGGAGGAUGCCAACAAGAACUGA